AUGGGCUCGCGCUCCUGUCCCCUCUCGCGCUCCUGUCCCCUCUCGCGCUCCUGUCCCUUCCCUCCCCUCCUCCCGUCCCUUCCCCCUCGCGUCCCUUCCCUCCUCCCGUCCCUCCAUUCCUGCCAUCGCUCCCCUCCUGAAUUCCUUCCCAUACUCCCUCUCCCCCCUCACCCCCCUCCCUCCCCUUCCUCUCCGUCCCCUUCCUCUCCCUCCUCUCCCUCCUUUCCUCACACUCCUCUUCCUUCUCCCAUACCUCUCAAUUCCGCUGCGUCUGCCUUUUCGCACACUUCCGACUACAAGACUGUGCUCGACUUGAUUUCCCUCCCCUCCCCUCGCACCUCUUUCCUCUGGUGUGCUGCCCCGUCGUUGCCCCCCCACAACAGACUACGAGGGCGAGCAGCAGAUGGAGGUGGAGGGUACUACGAGGGAGAGCAGCAGAUGGAGGUGGAGGCGCUAGAGGCGAUCCUCAUGGACGAGUUUGAAAGGGUGGACGACACAUCAGGCCUGGGCAUGCCAGCGAAUAAGCCAUGCUACCUCAUCACAAUAUCACCCAAGGGGGACGACGAGGAAGAGACAACACCUUUUCCAGUGCGGCUGGCUCUCUACUUUGCUCACACACCCACCUACCCCGAUGAGCCACCGCUUCUCAGCUUGCGAAGCCUACAAGGAGUGAGAGCUGUCGAUCUUGAGGAGAUUCGCAACAAACUGAAGGAAGAGGCGGAGGAGAACCUUGGGAUGGCCAUGAUGUACACACUCGCCACGUCAGCCAAGGAGUGGCUGAGAGAGAAGUACGUUGGAGUGGAGGAGGAGGAAGAGGAGGAGGAGAAGGAGGAGGUGAUAGAGCCGCACGGUCUACCUGUGACAGUGGAGACAUUCACAGAGUGGCGCGAUCGGUUUGAAGCCGAGAUUGCCCUGGAGAAGGCCAAGUUGCUGUCAGAUGCAGCACUCGCAGCAUCCAAGGAGAAGCGGCUUACAGGCAGACAGUGGUUCGUGCAGAAAGCAAGCAAGGGAAUUGCGGUGGAUGAGGAGGAGGCGGAGGAGGAAGAGGAAGAGGAGAUUGAUUUUGAUGAUGACGAUUUUGACGAAGGUGAGUUGGAUGGGGUGAGAGGUUGA